AUGGACGACGCACCUCGGGCUUUGCCGGUCCACCCAAUUGACAAAUAUGGCCCCAAGUUCGUCGAGAAGGCUGACAAAAUUCAUCGUCGGGUGACGAUGAAUGAGGACUCACAACCAGCCGGUGGUUUUGAUGCCACCCCGAUCCCUCAUGCCCCGCCAGGGUAUACCCUGAAAAUUACUUUCCACCGCGCGGACGACUUGCCCGUCGCGGACUUUGGCAGUUUCUCCUCCGACCCGUAUGUGAAUGCGCAUAUGCUGGUCGACCUCCCCCGGCGCCACAAACAGGACCCUGUCGUGCGUUUUCGCACCCCGACCGUGCGCAAGGACAUGAACCCGACCUGGGAGUGCGAAUGGAUUGUCGCGCAUGUUCCAGCGUCGGGCUUCCAGUUGAAGUGUCACCUGAUGGAUGAGGACCCCGCGGACCACGAUGAUAAGCUCGGCAUUGCGUUCAUCGAUGUGCCGUCCCUUACCGAUGGCUGGGCCGGGUUCAAGGAAAAGCGCUUCAAGGUGAAGAAGCGCUUCGGCAGCAAGCGCGUCUAUGUCUUUACUAAUGUAACCGCCUUCGCAACCGGCCAUCACAAGGAAUCGUGGUUGACAGUGAGCAUCGAGUGCCUGGGCAAGACCCCCGGGGAGAACGGUGGUCAGAUGUACACCAUUGGUCCCAAUCACUGGUUUAAGCACUUUUCGCCUCUGAUUGGCAGGUUGGCGGGUAUCAAGGAUCAGGUGCAGAGCACUGAUGGCAGUGGCAAGUCUAUCAGUCGUUACAACUUCCAAGCCAUCCAGAUGCAGCUCACAGGACCUGUUCCAGCCGAACUGUAUCAUCGCUAUGUAGAAUUCAGACCCUUCGUGGCGGGCAUGUUCCAGGCGCAAAGUCUUCGUGGGCGGAUUCUGCACAAAGCGCUUCACCACCAACAUCAGCGCAUCUACAAUUUUGAUCGCACAACAUUACAUGGGUCGUUCCUCACCCCGUGCCGCGAGCUGGCCCAGAAGUUCCUCGAAUUUGCGCACUACGGACAGGGGGGGCGGAUCUUCACUUAUGUUCUCACCUUGGAUGGGCAGCUCCGCUUCACCGAGACUGGCAAGGAGUUUGGGAUUGACAUGCUCAGCAAACACACCAUGCACAGUGAUGUGUCUAUCUAUAUCGCCUACUCGGGGGAGUUCUUCCUGCGCCGCCGCAAGUAUCGCCACCGACACAACUCCCCCGAGGGACGCGCAGAGCGCGCCGAGGUCGAAUCCAGCACGGUGCCUACCGACGAGUACCCGGUGGAAGAGGAUCAGACCGAGCUAGACGACGGAGAGCUAGGGCAAAGCGAGGAAGGGAUUCCGAUAUCGACCAAUCCGGCCGACUACGAAUUGUUUAUUGACAAUGACAGUGGAACCUACCGACCCAACGCGGAGAAGCUCCCCCUACUUCGGGAAUUCGUCUCCUCCAAUUUCCCGGGUCUCCACGUUACCACCCUCGACUGCCAGGCGGAUGCGGAGCGCAUGGGCAAGCUCAAGGAGGAGCAGCGGGAGUUCAAGAAAAACGAGGGCAACGUCAUCACGUUCCUCCAGCAAAGCAGCGUCUCGUCGUUAUCGAUCUCCAGCUCGGAUGAGGAUGAGUUGAACGAACGUAGUGGGCAACCUAAGCAACGAGGUGACCUAGCGCGUCGCGUGCAUGAGAUGCGUGAUCUCCGCGGCCAGGUGAUGCGAUGGGUGGAGGCGGAUGAGAAGCCCGACGGUCACAAACACAAGCAUCGCUACUUCUCCGGGCGUGAUCGCGCAGCGUCCACCGGGGCCAUCCCGGGCUCUCAGCGCCCCGAGCCUGAUCGUUCGGUGACCGAUCAUCCACUGGCGACGUAA